UGACAAAAUCUCGUCGAACACAUGUGUUUCCUGCGGCUGUAGGUUACCGUGCGCUUUUGUUCGAGUUCUGUAAGAAAAAGUAUUCGUUGUUCAAUCAUCGUAGCCAUCUCAAUUACCAAUACUAGCUGGAGUUCGAACUUUGGUUGGUACCUGGUUUGGAAAUUCUUUUUAUCAAGAUUCUCCUUUGUUCGAGAAUUGCUUGGUGGCAUGAGCGAAUCUUCUUCUGUAAAUGAUUUAAAGAACGGUCGAUCCCGGAUCAAAAAAGUACGCCGUGAUUAGGGGAAGAGUUUUACAUUAUCCAUUCCUAGAUAGCGUUGACGAUUAUUUCAAGACCUCAACUUUUACCUGCAACCGUUCUUAAAAUAUUCCAAAAUGUCUAUAAACAUUCGCUGUGCGACAACAGAGGAUCUGCUGAACAUGCAGCAUUGUAACCUGCAGUGCUUACCUGAGAAUUACCAAAUGAAGUACUACCUCUACCAUGCUUUAUCCUGGCCACAACUCAGUUAUGUUGCAGAGGAUGAAAAACGACGUAUAGUCGGUUAUGUACUAGCAAAAAUGGAAGAAGACUGCGAGGACAAUCCUCACGGGCAUAUAACCAGUUUGGCUGUGAAAAGAUCGCACAGGAGACUGGGGAUCGCGCAAAAGCUUAUGAAUCAGGCAUCCAGAGCAAUGGUUGAAUGUUUUGGCGCUAAGUAUGUAUCUCUCCAUGUCCGUCGAAGCAACAGAGCUGCCUUGAACUUGUAUACCAGCAGUCUGCAGUUUGAGGUAUCCGAAGUUGAGCCAAAAUAUUAUGCCGAUGGCGAAGAUGCCUAUGCAAUGAAGAGGGACCUUAGCAGUUUUUACCUACUAAAAAAUGCAGCGAAUAAUCAAAAUGCCAAGGAUCGAAAGGGACACCCUUAUCCAGGAAUUUGCUGUGACUACAAACAUUCGUGGAGAAUUAUUGAUCUUGGAUCAGACAUGACAACUGGUCUUUAAAAUAUCGGAGAACGUCGCUGCUCCCAUAAGUUUGAAAAGAGCUCCAUUGUAGACCAAGAACAAUAUUUAAAUUAUUUAAGCUAAAUGCGCAAUGUUAUUAUUUUUUAUUUUUAUUUUCAGGAUAAAUUUGGUUCAAUACAUGCAACGAACUGAAAUAAAUCAAUCGUUAGCUUAAAAAUCA